AUGGACUCAUCAUCAAAGGUGAAGCUGAUUGCUGGUAUAUUCGUCAGCAUGUCCAUUAUCUCUACAGUGCUGGCGUGCGCACUGUGGGAUUUUCCAGCUAAUUCUACAAUAAGCAAUUCACUAUACUUCGGUAAGUUUGCUUUAUUUUGUUUUUUUUUUGUUCGUUUUAUUCUGUUGUAA